CACCAGCAGCGGCUCCUGGGAGGGAAUCUACUCGGCUGCCCUUCCCUGACAUUCUGGCUUUGGCUUCUUCCUUGGCUGCUAUCGCUCUCUCUCUGCCCGGGCUGGGAGCCUAAAUGUGCGGACAUGGCAGGGGCACAACCAGGGGUCCAUGCUCUGCAGCUCAAACGGGUCUGCGUGUCUGACAACAUGAAGAAAGGAACCAAGUGCAUGAAAUGGGAUGAUGACUCCACUCUCGUCUAUCCAAUCAUUCUUAAAAUGGAUCCUAAUGGAUUUUUCCUUUACUGGACCGAUCAGAAUAAGGAGGCCGAGCUUUUGGAUAUCAGUCUAGUGAAAGAUGCCAGAUGUGGUAGACAUGCCCGUACUCCAAAGGACCCGAAACUACGUGAACAGUUAGAGGUGGGGAACUUUGGAGGCCGGCUGGAGUACCGCAUGUUUACAAUUGUCUAUGGACCAGAUUUGGUUAACAUCUCAUAUUUGAAUUUGGUGGCGUUUCAGGAAGAAAUUGCCAAGGAGUGGACAGAUGAGGUAUUCAGUCUGGCAACCAAUUUGCUGGCGCAGAACAUGUCCAGAGAUGCGUUUCUUGAAAAAGCUUAUACCAAGCUGAAACUGCAAGCGAAUCCUGAAGGACGAAUCCCUGUUAAAAACAUAAACCGCCUCUUCUCUGCGGAUAGAAAAAGAGUGGAAACUGCACUGGAGGCUUGUAAUCUUCCAUCUGGCAGAAGCGACUCGAUUCCUCAAGAUGACUUUACUCCAGAGGUUUACAAAGUCUUCUUGAACAAUAUAUGCCCGCGGCCUGAGAUUGACAACAUUUUUUCUGAGUUCGGCAGUAAGAGUAAAGCACACCUAACCGUUGAUGAGCUGACAGAAUUUAUUAACUCGAAGCAGCGAGAUCCGCGAUUAAAUGAAAUUCUCUAUCCACCGCUAAAGCAGGAGCAAGUCCAACAGCUGAUUGAAAAAUAUGAGCCGAACAGCCCUUUGGCAACAGGAGGCCAGAUAUCUGUGGAGGGAUUUAUGAACUAUCUGAGUGGAGAGGAGAAUGGAGUUGUGCCACCUGAGAAACUGGAUUUAAAUGAAGACAUGUCUCAGCCCGUAUCUCAUUAUUUCAUUAAUUCUUCACAUAAUACCUACCUCACUGCUGGGCAGCUGGCUGGUAACUCUUCAGUGGAGAUGUAUCGUCAAGUGCUCUUGGCAGGCUGUCGAUGUGUGGAACUGGAUUGCUGGAAGGGGCGAACUGCAGAGGAAGAGCCGGUUAUUACCCAUGGAUUCACCAUGACAACAGAAAUAUCAUUUAAGGAAGUUAUAGAAGCUAUCGCUGAAUGUGCAUUUAAGACCUCACCGUACCCGGUCGUUCUCUCUUUCGAAAAUCACGUUGAUUCGCCAAAACAACAGGCAAAGAUGGCGGAAUACUGCAAGCAAAUAUUUGGAGAUGGACUUCUGACAGAUAUACUAGAAAAGUACCCACUUGACUCUGGGGUACCUCUUCCAAGCCCUAUGGAUUUAAAAUACAAAAUCCUCAUUAAGAAUAAAAAAAAAUCUCACAAGUCGUCAGACAGAAGUGGGAAAAAGAAGCUGACUGAGCAAGCGUCCAACACCUGCAGUGACACCUCAAGUGUCUUUGAGCCAUCGUCUCCUGGGGCCGGUGAAGCAGAAAUUGAAAGUGAAGAAGAAGAUGAUGAUGACGAUGAUGACUGUAAAAAAUCAUCUAUGGAUGAGGGCACAGCUGGUAAAGAAGCCAGUGCAACAGAGGAAAUGUCCAAUCUGGUCAACUAUAUCCAGCCGGUCAAGUUCGAGUCAUUCGAGUCAUCUAAAAAGCGAAACAAGAGUUUUGAAAUGUCUUCAUUUGUGGAAACUAAAGGUCUUGAGCAGCUGACGAAGUCUCCAGUGGAAUUUGUGGAGUAUAACAAAAUGCAGCUAAGCAGAAUUUAUCCAAAAGGAACACGUGUAGAUUCAUCAAAUUAUAUGCCUCAAGUCUUUUGGAAUGCCGGAUGCCAGCUGGUGGCACUCAACUUUCAAACAAUAGAUCUCUCUAUGCAGCUGAAUAUGGGAAUGUAUGAAUAUAACGGAAAAUGUGGUUACAGGCUUAAACCUGAGUUUAUGAGAAGGCCUGAUAAACAUUUUGAUCCAUUCACCGAAACGACCGUUGAUGGCAUUGUUGCAAAUACAGUCUCUGUCAAGAUCAUUUCGGGGCAAUUCCUUUCGGACAAAAAAGUGGGCACAUAUGUGGAAGUUGAUAUGUUCGGACUGCCUGUCGAUACAAAGAGGAAAGCCUUCAAGACCAAGACGUCCCAGGGAAACGCUGUAAACCCUGUGUGGGAGGAAGAACCUAUAGUGUUUAAAAAGGUCGUCUUACCCUCUCUGGCAUGUCUCCGAAUAGCUGCGUAUGAAGAAGGGGGCAAAUUCAUAGGCCAUAGGCUACUCCCUGUGCCAGCCCUCCGACCAGGUUACCACUACAUCUGCUUGAGAAAUGAGAAGAAUGUUCCGCUGACACUGCCAGCCCUCUUUGUGUAUAUAGAAGUGAAGGAUUAUGUUCCUGAUACAUUUGCAGAUGUGAUUGAAGCUCUGUCAAAUCCGAUCCGAUACGUCAAUUUGAUGGAACAGAGAUCAAGGCAGUUGGCUGCACUCACUCUGGAAGAUGAAGAAGAAGUUAAGAAGGAGGUAGAAGCCGGUGAGGCACCAUCAGAAGCAAACAGCGAGCCCAGGCCAGCUCCAGCAGAAAAUGGCUUGAACCAUGCUUCCACCCUGACCCCCAAGCCAUCGUGCCAAACUGUACACAGUCAGCCUGUUCCAGGUUCUGUGAAGGUUCCGGCUAAAACAGAAGAUCUCAUAUUAAGCGUCUUAACAGAAGUGGAAGCCCAGACGAUUGAGGAGCUGAAGCAGCAGAAGGCUUUUGUCAAGCUUCAGAAGAAACAUUACAAAGAAAUGAAGGACCUGGUCAAAAGGCAUCACAAGAAAACCACUGAUCUUAUCAAAGAGCAUACGGCCAAGUAUAAUGAGAUUCAAAGCGAUUACCUGAGGAGGAGGGCCAUUCUGGAAAAGACGGCAAAAAGGGACAGCAAAAAAAAGUGUGAAGCAAGCAGUAGUCCAGAUCAUAAUUCUUCCACUGUGGAACAAGAUUUAAGUGCUUUAGAUGCAGAAAUGGCUCAAAAAUUAAUAGAGCUGAAGGAACAACAACAGCAGCAACUUCUUAACCUCCGCCAAGAGCAGUAUUAUAGUGAGAAAUACCAGAAGAGAGAGCACAUCAAACAGUUAAUCCAGAAACUGACCGAUGUAGCGGAGGAGUGCCAGAGCAACCAGCUGAAAAAGCUCAAAGAAACCUGUGAAAAAGAAAAGAAAGAGCUGAAAAAGAAAAUGGAUAAGAAAAGACAAGAAAAGGUGACAGAAACCAAGUCCAAGGAUAAAAAUCAAAUGGAAGAGGAGAAGACAGAAAUGAUUAGAUCAUAUAUUCAAGAAGUAGUGCAAUAUAUCAAAAGGUUAGAAGAUGCUCAGAGUAAGAGGCAAGAAAAACUGAUAGAAAAGCACAAGGAGAUCCGUCAGCAAAUACUGGACGAAAAACCAAAGUUGCAGGUUGAACUUGACCAGGAAUACCAAGACAAAUUCAAGCGACUCCCAAUGGAAAUCCAGGAGUUUGUGCAAGAAGCCAUGAAAGGGAAGUUCAGCGAUGAUGCCGAACACAGUUCUACCGCUCCCAUCUUAACGCCUGAUAGUGGCAAAUCCCCCGUUUCUGGGAACCAUCGAAGUCCGGCCCAUGAAGCUGAAGGAGCAGCGGAAAACCCAGAUAAAGCUUUUGACACAUCCCUCUAACAGAUAGCAAUGGCUCCCCAUUGUUUUUUUUAAUUUUGUGCAGUCAGGGCAUGCUGUUUACACAUUGCCUGUUAUCUGUUGUCUGCAGUGUGGUAAGCGGCCCAUGGCUAGCCGGUAAUGCUGGAAGCUUACAGAGCUGGGGGCGUAUUUCAAAUUGGAGCAGUUUUGUAUAACAUACGUACAACCGUGUCAAACUCUCCAUUUUAGUAUUGAGUUUUAUAAGUCUGAGUCUCGGUGACAGCUCACACACACACUAUAUGUCACUUCUUUGGUUUUAGCAAAAGCAAAACGUAACCUCCGGGCCCUGAGCACUGGGAAUGGAUGAGAGAGACCAUUAGUCCGUGUCGUGAUGGUCACCUACACAUGUUGCAUUAACGUAUCAAUAAAACAAGCUCUAAACUAGGAUCUGUAUCGCGGUCGAAAUAUUAGCUGACACCUUUGUUUUCUUACUGCACUUAAAUAGCUCCAUCAUUGUUUUCUGUUUGCACUGAGAUAUUAAACAUUUCGUUUUGCGAGCACUGGCUGCUUGCAGAUGUAUUUUGAUAUUAAACCUGUAACAUAAUUGCUGCUGCAAAUCUCUCUUUAAAGGAUAGUGCCCACAGGACAUUUAUAGAAGGGAAAAAAGUGCCAUCGUUAAAGCAAAUAUUCAUCAAGGUUAUACCUGGAGGAGUCAUAUCUCACACACAAUGCGCUUUGAGUAUGCAUUGUAAGUAUUUCUUCAAGGCAGAAGGAAAAGGAGAGAAAGGGCUUUAGGGGGUGCAUGAAAGAAAAAAAACAAAAGAUGCUACCACUUUGUUAGGAUCAAUAACAGUUGUAAGAAACAAAAUAUCUGUGGCAUUAAUGUUGUA